GAAAAUUAUUAUUUAGAAAUUAGUUUUUUUAAUUAUAUUUAUGAUCACUAAUUGUAAAAUGUGACGUUUGAAUUAGAUAAAAGUGAUUUAAUAACAUUUAUUCUUAUCAUAAAUAAUAAAUGCCUCAUACAAUGUUUUUCUAUACAAUUAUAUAAUAAAAAUGUAUUUUCAUUUAUAUAACAAUACUUAAUUAUUUUCAUUAAUUAGUGCAUUUAAAAGUUAGUUAUGGGAGAGAGGAAAUUCACUAAAGGUUUAAGACGACCUGGUAUGGCUGCUCAACUCCGAGAAACUGUAUCUCAAGUUGUCCGUGACAGUUCAAAUAAUGUAAGCUUUUUAAUAUUUUGAAUUAAUUAAUUUUUGUUAAAUAAUAAUGAUUUUUUUUUUUUUUAAAAAAAUUGAAAUUACCAAGUAUUUUAGUUUCAAAUAUUUCAUCAUAGCGUUAUUAUUAUUACUUUGUUUAUAGCGAAAAUGUCAUCAUAUAGAACCAAUUGACUUUGAAGAUUAUAUUGUUAAAAACCAAACAGUUUUUCAGAAUGAUCCCCAAAGAGAAUUAUUACUAUACCCUUCUGAUGAUGUUUCAGUAAGUUAAUAACUAAAUUAAAUACUUAAAAAAAUGUAUGGUUACUUAGUUUAGGUAUAUAUUAUAAUUUCAAAAAUUUACAUUUGAUUUUUUGAAUUAUAUAGGUCAUUGAUAUUAAAAAUAAUACAAUUUUAUUUAUCAUCGCACCAAUCACAUAAUACCUUGAUAAGUAACUAAAAUAAAAAUGUUUUUUUAUAGCAAGUGAUUUUACCUAGAAGAUAUCGAACUAUGGAUGCAAAUAUUCCUGCGAAAACUGAUAUUACAGCUUGUGCAUUGUUUACAAAGAGAUGUAUAGAAAGUUAUUUAUCUAAUUGGCAGUUUAUACAUUAUAAAUAUAGUGCUUAUUCUGGAUCAUAUAUUCAACUACCAUUACAGUAUUAUACUUAUUUAGUUAUAUUAUAAAUAAUAAUUUAUAUAUUAAUAUGUGUGUAUAUGUCGUAUCCACUUAGUGUAAUCAUAUUUUUCAUGAAAUGGAAACUCUUAUUUUACACUUUGUGUAAUAUUUUAAAUUAAUUACAUCAAUAGGUAACUUUUCGUGAAAUCGAAAUAACAACAUUGAUACUGGUAAGUAUCGCACCACACUAUAUUUAUUAUUAAUAAAUUGUAAAGAUGAGAUAUCGACCAUUCAGCAGAUAAAUUUUAAUCGAUAAAAUAUAUAUUUAAUAAAAAUUCAAUUGAAUCAAUUGUAUAAGUGUGAUACGAUAUUUUUAUAUGAUGCCAGUACAUCCUCUAACUUGAAGCGAGUCGUAUAUUAGCGUUAAAAUGGAAUUUGAUUCAUUAUCUGAAUUUUAUGAACAGUUAAAUGCGUACUACGUAGACAAGCCUGGGAAAAAGCCACCUACCAAAAUUGGCGUUCAAUUAAUGAUUGAAGACAUUUUAGCAGCAAAAGUAAAAAUGUAAGUAAUCGUUAAAAUAUACAAAAUAUUAGUAAAUAAAAAUUAUAUAUUAAACCACUUCAAAUAAAAUUAUUACAAUCAGCCAUCAGGGCUUGUUUUACAAACACGUAACAUAGCAAAUUUACGCUCAGCAGUUCACGUUUUAUUCCGUUGGAUUAAAAAUUAGAUAAUAAAUAUUUAAAUAAUAUUUAAUAAUAUUUACAUUAAAUAUUUUUUAAAUCAUUGUACCUAUUUAAUCUAUUUUUUUGUUUAAAAUUAUUGUACUGUCAUUGUUUUUAGGGCAGUCAAACCAGAAUUCCUGAUUUAAAAUUUGGUGAUUGCGUCUUAAUAACAGUGCCUAAAGUCGAUCGAGGACCGUCAGAUCUCGCCAAUGUAAUUGCAGUUAUUGUCAAUCAGAAUGAACAUAANCGGAACUAAAUAUGGUUUAGUAAAAGGCUGGUACAAUUCAGCAAGUUUGAAACCCGCGACAUCUAAUUUUUUAAAAAUUACUGAAGUUAAUAAUGAUUAAGAACUUACAUUACGUGAAACAGUUUCUCAUAUUUCUGGGGGACAAGGUUUUGUAAGUUGUAUCUGUAAACACCAAUGUGAAACAAAAUGGUGUACUUGUUUUAACGCUUCUGUUAAGUGUAACAAUCGUUGCCAUAGCAGUAAUAAUAUUUGUAAAAAUAAGUAGUAAAAAGUAUUUUGGGUUUUUUCAUGUUACCUAUUGAUGUAAUUAAUUAAAAUUUAUCUGCUGAACGGUGGAUAUCUCAUCUUUACAAUUUAUUAAUAAUAAAUAUAGUACGGUGCGAUACGUACCAGUAUCAAUGUUAUUAUUUCGAUNAAAGUGUAAAAUAAGAGUUUCCAUUUCAUGAAAUGGAUAAAAUAUAUGUUCGUUUCAUGAACUAAAAUUUGACAUACACAUUAUGAUCGUAGUUCAUGAAAUGAACAUCCAUUUCAUGAAAAAUAUGAUUACACUAAGUGGAUACGACAUAUACAUUUUAAUAUUAACCUAAUAUUCGUAUAUUGUUUUAGGUCAUUUAAAAAUGAUCUCAAAGAACAAACAUACGAAAUUGACACAGACCUAGACAGAUUAGAUAUAGUAAUAAUAUAUUAUUUUAAUUUGUUUCUAAUUAUUGUAUAACAUUAUAAAUAUAUUUAAUAUACUCUGCAGGAUUUUAAAACAAUUAAAACUGAAAGCACAUUAUUUAAAGAAGGAUAUUUAUAUAAAGGCCCAGAUAUUGGUAGUGGUGCAUCAGAGCGAAUGUUUGCUAAUUUAGGCGGUUCAAAAUCAUUUAAGCGACGUUUCUGUAUAUUAAAGUAAAUUAAUGAAUCUAGUUGACUUUUUUUUUUUCUAACAAUAUUUUUUAAUUAUUAUUAAAAUAUCUUAUUCGUAUGAUUAAAUACUAUUCAUUAUUAGAAAACAAGUUGAUGGCACACAUAUAUUGGAAAUUUAUAAAGAUGAUAAAAAAGAUUUCAGAUCCACUAUAGUAAUAGAUUUGUGUGAUAAAGUAAUUCAGGUAAAUAUAGUAUAUUAAAAAUAGAACUGCAUACAUUAGAGUUGUAGAUAUAUUUUUUAUUUUGAUUAAUUUGUAUGUCAUUUGUAUGCAUUUUAGAAUAGUAAAAAAGGCCGAUUUUGUUUUGAACUACGGAUGACCGACACUGAUAAAAGUUAUUGUCUAGCUGCAGAUUCAGAGAGCGAACUAAUGGAUUGGAUAAAUAAGCUGCAAUUAGCUCUACAACAUAGUAAUGAUAAACGCGAAGAAAAUAAUAGUAUGAACAAUUUUGAUAAAUAUUCUUCUUCUCGAAUUCUUUACUAGGCAAUAUUAUUGUUAAUAAGUGUUGUAUAUAAUAUACAUAUUAGUAUAGAGUAUUGAUAUUAAAAAGUAAAAACAUAUUGAGAGAUGUCUCACGAUAAUAGAUAUCAGUUGUGUGUGAGCCAGUUAGUGCUACAUCUAUCAUUUGAUUAGCCAAUGCUAAGUCAUUUUUUGUGCAUCCCACUAGAGCUAUUCUGUGCAAUAGUAGGUAGCUUGGCUUUCGCCACAGUCACAAAACAGUCCUCUUCACCAUAUCCCCAUCUGAUCAUGUUAGCCCUCGUUUUGGCUACCCCUGUUCUCAGUGUGUUUAGUGUUUUUCAUAAAAGUGAUGGCACAUUUCCGCCAGGUGGUAAGUGUUCCACUGGAGGGACAGGUGUCUCAGCUUGUAGUCCAUGUACGUUAAAUAAAUAUAUACUUUUGCUUUUCAAAUAGGAACCCUCCUUUUUAAACACAGAUUUGAAUAGAAAAUAUUGAAAAUAUGAAAUGUUGAUGUGUUGGCACAAAUAUGUUGACACUAAUAUCAAAUGUACCGGUUUAAGUUUAGAUUGGAGUAGGGGUAAAAAAUUAGAAAUGGUCUUAAAAAAAAACUUAACCGAUUACAUUAUGAUUAAAAAAAAAUAAAUCAAAUUCACUUAAAAUCAUCCGAGAAAUUGCUGGUUCAUGAUAAAAAAUCACCAUUAAUAAUUACUAAAAUAAUUAACAUACCUGGUAUAAUUUAUUAUUAUACCUGGUAUGCUAAUAUUACCUACAAAUACCUCUAGCUAUCAAUGUAGUUAUUUCCAAACCUCAUAAUUGAUGUUAUUUAAAUGUUAAAAACUGACAAAAGUUAUUAAACUUAUAACAAGUUUCAUAUAAUUGCAUAGUUUGCUAUAGUAUUGGACAUGACAAAUUUUGUGCCCGGAAAUUACAAUUUGCAUACAGCAUUCAUUUUUUGUUACCAUUUGAAAAAAAACUGCGGUAGAAUCACCUUAAAUGCUUGUUGAAGCUUACAGUGAGCAUGGUCCUGGAAAAUUACAGUGAUUUGAGUGGUUUAAAAUUUUAAAUGAGGCGUUUAAUUUUGACUUCAGAAACAAAGAACCAACAAAUAAUUUUGAUGGAAAACAAUGCUCUGUGUUUGGUGGGAUCAGAAGGGUGUGAUCUAUUAUGAGCUACUAAAACCUGGUAUAACUGUUAAUACUUAGCGCUACCAAAAACAAAUGAUCAAUUUAAAUCAAGCUUUGUGUGAAAACAACCAAAAUAUCACAAAAAGACAAGUGAAAUUACCAGGCAUGUGUGGAUAAAUAUAUAACUAGCAAUGGGCAAUACUUUCAAUAAAAUAUUUGUUAUCUAUUUCAUAUAAUAAAUGUAUAUUUUCUGGUAAAAUAUUCAGGGUUUCAUAUUUCUAGACCUCGUAGAAUUUAUAAAAUUAUGUAAAAUACUGUUUUUCUUAAAAAAGUUAUAAAAUAAAAUAUUUCAUGUGUUUAACAAAACUGAAUUUUUUUUAAGGAUAUUUAAUUAUAUUUGUCAAAUGGUUAAAGAUAUAAAACAAAAUAAAAAUGAUAUAAAAUUUAAAUUUUCUAAAAAAAAAAAAUUAUCAAUAAAAACUUAAUAGGUUCAGUUAUUAAAAUGUUUCACUUGGAUUACUCUAAUUACUCUUAUUUUAUAGUCAAAUUAAAUAGUGUACUAGUGGUGGCAGGUGUGGGAAUUAUUUAUAAUUUGUUUUUAUUAGCCUGUGCUUUGCUAGAAAAACCACUGGAAAGAGAUAUUAUCUACUUUGCAUGCUGUUAUUGUAUUUUUGAGUUACUUCUUCAAGUUUGUUGAAACCAAAUUAUAUGUGUAAUCUGAAUUGGAUAUUGCUAUUUUUAAAUUUUUUAAGAAUGCAUGGAAAACCAUAAACACAAAAAAUAUAUCUGUAUGGAACUCGAAUGAAAAAUAAAAAAAGAAUAUUUUGUCACCAGUACACCAAGAAAUGCUGUAAUUUUGUUCGAAAAUGAUUACAUAGAAGCAAUCCAGUGAAGACUUCAAAGAAUUUCUGGAACGUAUAACUUUUGGUGAAACACCACUUAAUGGAAUAAAUAUCCUAUAGCCUAAUGUGUAACAUCCAGAGAAAUGGAUGGCUCAAGGGAUUUAUUGUUUGAAGACAUUUUCAAUACUUUAUGUAUACCAUUUUCCAAACAACCCACCUACAACAGUGGCUCCACCCAUCCUCAGUAUCAGCUAUUUUUUUUAAAAUUAUUAAUCUGAUAGUUAAUGAAAAAAUGUGUACUAUGCUAAAACAAUAUUCUUUAUAUUUUUAUUUGAGUAGAUAUGUCUAUUAUUAAAAUCAUAAAUGUCAGUUUUUAAUGUUAUUAAUAAUCAAUAAAUUUUAUAUAUUUUUAGAAGAAAUAAAUCCUAGUGAUAAGAACACACAAAUAAUACCGUCUACUUAUAGUUUUGGUACAUUAAAAGGCUUGGAGCAUAGUGUUAAUCCUCAAUUGAUGAAAUACUCAAGAGAAACAGAUUCCUUAAAUACACAUGCGCGUCAAGAAAAUAGAAGACGACUUUUUCAAGUUUAUUCAUAUUUAAAUCAAGUAACUAUCUUAUGAUCAUUUAAUUUUUGAAUGUGAAAUAAAAUAAAUUUUUAUUACAGCCUUGUAAUUAUAUUAGACAAAAUAUUUUAAAUCAACCAGUAGACAGUAUUUCAGAACAAUAUAAAGAGCGGUUUGGCCAGAGAAUAUUAAUUGAAUGUCAAGCAUUAAAUUUUCAAUUAAAUUUAAACAAUGAAGGAAAUAGUGAAUUAAAUAAUCAAGUAAGUAUUUGGAUAUAAAACUAAUUUGUUUUACAAAAAGUUAUUCAAAAAAUUUAUUUAUGAGUGAAUUGGAGAGUAUAGAUUCUAUGUUUAAACAUCUUAAAUAUUAAAUUGAUACAUAACUAAAUGACUAAGUAUAUCAGCAAUAUGUUCAGAUUUGAUUGUAUUAUGCAUCAUAUGAUAAAAACUGAAAUUGUGAUGUUGACUACAAACAUUUUUCAGAUUUUAUCAUUGUAUGUAAUAUCCUGUCAAAUAGAUGAACUAGUCAUAUGUUAUUUUACUUAGGACUGAUAACAUAGUAUGGAAUGCUGACAUACUAAGUUAUUUAGCUAUGUUUAAGUCAACUUGCUUUUAUUAAAUUUAUUAGAUAUAAUCUAUCUAUAAUGGUUUUUUUUUUAGGUAGAGCCAUAUUUUACAACUUUAGCAUUGUUUGAUAUACGGUCUGGCAAAAAAAUAUCUGAGGAUUUCCAUUUUGACAUUAAUCAUGACAGUAUAACAAAUUUAAUUAAUUGCGAAAAUGAAAAUGACAAUUAUAAUUUUAUUGAGUUAGCGAAAAAUUGUAAAGUGACAAAAAAAUGGUUAUACAAACAAAAACAAGUGAAUUUAAUUUAACAAUAUUUUAUCAUAGAUUCUCUAUGAGUUGAAAAAAAUUCUAUUGGAAACUAUGUAUACAUUAAUAUUGAUUUAAAAAUAGUAAUAACUAUUUUUUUUUACAAAUUUGAGUUUGUAUAUUAUUUUGGAAUGUCUAUCUACUAUUUUAUUAUAAAUGGUUUUCAAAAUUAUAAUUUACAAAUACGGACUUAUAAUCUAACUGAAAAAUUCAAAUUAUGCAUACUUUCUUGGGCUGGAAUUUUUGAAACAAAAAUGAUUUAAUUGUGGUAACCCUUUUCUCAUCAAAUAUUUAGUACUUCUACUGUGAUAUUUGCAUGUACCCAAGCCCAAAUUUCAACAAUACACCACUGAAGAAACCUUCUACCUAACCAAAAAGUACAAAUAUUUGAUUAUAUUUCAGGCAAUAAUGUGUAUAUCCAAACCUCAUUCAGAUAUAUUCUUAUUGUUAAGAAUAGAUAAAGUUCUUCAGGGCAGUAUUGUUCGUGUUUCUGAGCCAUAUAUUAAAGCAUCUUCUACACACAAUAAGGACAAUGGUCUAAAAGUAUUUAAAGCAAUUAAGAAUAUUUGUUAUAGGUACAUUAUAACGUGAACAAUUUUAAAAUCUUGUACCUAAUUUAUUUUAAUUGACUGGUAUUUAGAUUAGGAAGUUACCAUAUGCCUUUUGCUUGGUCUGCAAAGCCAUUAUUUCGAUUAUACAAUUCUGAACUAGAUACAUCAUUUGAUUUUAUGACUUUAUAUAGGCAAGAUCUUUCCAAGCUAGGAGAUGAUGACAUGUUAAGAAUAUUAAUGGAUUAUCGAAAGUAAAUUUUGGGUGAUAUUUUAUUUUAAAUAAUAUAAUUAAUAAUUUUUAAUUUAAAGACCAGAAAAAAUGAAUAAAUAUGUAGUUAUUCCUGGCCAUGUCCAGAUAAAAAUUCAACCUCUAAACACCAUUCCAGAAAGUAAGAAUUAUAUAAGAAUUAUAGUAAAAAAUUAUACCUUUUGUAUAUUCAUUAUCAUGCAAAAAGUGAUCAAGUGUAAAAGUUGAGUUAGUAUAAAAAAAAACACUAUUAAAUGUAUAUCAUCUAUGUUCUAUAAUAUAUAUAUAUAGGGAGGUCCAAAAAAAAUUACUAAAGAAAUUCAAUAUGAGUAUCCCCAUUUUUUUAAUUGAUGUGAAAAAUUAUUUUGUGAAAAUAUGAACUCACUCCCGUGUUAUAAUAGGGUUGAAUUAUAGCAAAAGGGAGUUGUUUUAAAUUUUUUUUAUAGUUAUUUUGAAGUAUUUUCUAUAAUUUAUAUUUUUUAGCUAAAUACUUUAUUUUUCCAAAAAAUCGAAAAACCUGAAAAAAGGGGCUGUUUUUCAGCUUUUGAAAAUAAAUUUUUUUUUUUUAUAAUUGGCUAAAGAUUGAAUAUUUUAAUGAAAUAGGACUUAUUUUGUUGUAUCUUAUUUAUAAAUAAAUGAAUACAAAUUAAAUUAUCAAAAAUACUUUGAAAUAAUCUUACAAAAAAAUUAAAAAUAACUCCCUAGUGAUAUAAUUCCACCCUUUUAUGGCACGAGAAAGAGAUGAGUUAUCCAGUCCAUAUUUCAUAAAAUAAUUUUUUCAUAUAAAUUUAAAAAUGGGGGAUACUCAUUUUUAAUUUCUUAAAAAAAUUUCAAGCCUAAAUAGAUUUGGACAACCCUAAUAUAUAUGUAUGUUUGAAAAGUGUCCUUUGUAAAAAGUUCAGGAACCACUUAAUACAUAAUACUCAAUUAAAACAAAAUUGAAUACAAUUUAAUACAAAAAUAUUUUUAAUGUUUGAAUUAUUUUAUCACUUUUUGCACCAGAGUAGAGAUCAGAAUUUUAUUUUUUCAUUAAUUAAUUUUAAUUUUUUUUUAGAUGUUUUAACCACAUGUUGGACAGCAGUAAAACCAUUUCCAAUUCCUCCUAUUCGAAAUCAUGCAAUCAUAGAGAUUGCUGAAUUGUAUCCUGGAGUCUAUCCACUUACAACUUAUUUUAAUCAUAUGUAUGUAUAUCCAAAGUCAUUAGCAUUUGACACACAAAAAAAUGUCUCCAGAGCUCGUAAUAUUACAUGUAUGGUACAAUUGUUUGACUCUGAUGAUGAAACAGCAAAGCCCCUUAAGGUGAUAAUAUAUUAUAAUUAAGUUAGUUUCAUACAAAAUUUGUCCGGAUGAAAAACUAAUAUUUUUCUUAAAAAAUAUAGUGUAUAUAUAGCGCAUGUGGUCAAUUAUUGGAUUCCAUAUGUACUAAUGUAUUAUAUCAUGUAACUAAUCCUGUUUGGUAUGAUGAAUUUAAACUCAGACUUCCAUUAAACAUUAACGAUAAACAUCAUUUACUAUUUACUUUCAAGCAUAUUUCAGUAGAUGGUUCUCGAAAAAAACAGUCAAAUAUUUCUGUGGAAACAAUCGUAGGAUAUUCCUGGCUUCCACUAAUUUGUAAAUCAAAGUAAGAUCUGUGCAGCAUUUUAUUCUUUUCUGUAACCUAAAUUUUGAUGAAUUAAUUAUUUAUUUUGUACUCAAAAUAUUAUUAUUAUUAUUAUGAAAUAAAUGGGUUUUAAAUAUUAAACAUAAUUUAGAUUAUAUAAUAUUCACCAAAAUAGGAAUAUUGUUAAAACAAUUUAUAGUAUUUCUUUCUUUUCCAAUUUCGAAAUAAUGUUUAAUAGGAUAAUCUUUAUUUUUAGAUCAAGUUCUUAAGUGAAAAACUAAUUAAAAAUAAUUUUAAAAAAAUUCUGUACAUUUUUAGAUUUUUAUUUGAUACUAGAUUACACCUCAUAGAUGUUGAAUUUUGCCUAUAUAUGUGUGUCCUUACCACGUCUAAAACUUUAAUUUAUCCCUAUGCCUAUGUAUAUCAAAAAAAAUCUUUAACUGGUAAGAAUUGACUAACAACUAUUAACCUUCAAAUUUAAAAUUAAGUAAAAAUAAAUAUAUGUACAACUUCCCCAAUUAGUGUUUUCUUUCAAAGGAAAGAUUAAGUUAAAGAUUUUUACAGAUAUACUUAUCAUAAAGAUAAAUUUAAAUUUUAAAUUUUUUAAAAAAGGCGUGUAUUUUAGUUAAAAAAAUUCAAACAUCAAAACAAAAUCUAAAAAAUUAUAGAAUUUUAUAAAAAUAUUUUAAACUGGUUUUUUCUUUAAGACACUUUGAACUCCAAAAAAAAAAAACUCAAAUAGAAUUUUCGCUAAUUAUUUUUAUCGCUUAAAAACAUUAUACAGUUUGAAAACUAUUCAUAACUUACAUUAUAGGUGUGAUAAUUAUUUAAAAAUGUAUAGUAUCUUAAUUUGAAAAUAAAAAUAAUAUGAAAAAUGAAAUAUACAUUUAUUUUGUCAAAUUUAGAAUAUUUUUCAUUUCCCUUAUUAACAUGUUAAUAAUAAUAAGUUAAUUAACUUUUAUAUAUUGUAUUAAUAAUAAUUAUAUUAUUUAUAUAGACUAAAUUUGGAAGUAAAAUGUUUACCUGUAUCUGUAAAUUUGCCUUCGGGAUACCUAUCUGUAAAACCAUUUGGACUCGGAAAAGGGGUAAGAUUUAGUUUACUAUUUAGUUUUUAGUAUUUCACAAUUAUACUUAGCGCUGUUAAUAUUAAAUUUUUUUCAAUCAGAUUGUCUUCAAGGGGGACAUUGAUUUAGAGAAAAAUAAAUAAUUAUUAUUUUCCCCCCUAAACACACAAAAAAAGAACUAUUUAUUUAUUUUAGAAAAUAUUCAAAAUAGCCAUUUAUAAAAAAUAUUAUUCUUAAAAUUUUAAUUUUUCAUGCAUUCAUAUUUUAUUAAUAUUUUCUUAAUUAGAGCUGGGUUUUUUUUUUUUGGAAAAAUCAAUGUGAAUCAAUUAAUAUUCAAUAGAAGGUAAACAAUUACCUUGCUGAUUGUAAUUCCUUAUUGUGUAACAUGUUAUUUUAUUAAAUAUUAAUUAUUUUCACAUCUAUUUAAAGCUAAUUAAGCUAUAAUUAAGAAAAUAUUCAUUGGAUAUGGAUGUGUGAUACAUUAAAAUGUUAUAAUAUUUUUUACAAAAUGGCCAUUUUGAAAAUUUUCUAAAGUAAAUAAAUAGUUUUUUUUUUUUGUGUUUAGGAAUUGAAAAUCAAAAUUAAUGUCUAAUUGAAAAAAAUCUGAAAAUAUUUAAUAUUAACAGUGCAAGUAAAUUCCGUCAACACAGUGUGAAACACUGUAGUCUAAUUGGUUUUAUUAAUUGUCAUUUAAGUAUAAUUUGUAUUUAUACCUUUAGUAUUGUGGACCUGAUGUAUGUUGGAUAAAUGAACAAAAGCCUUUGUUUUCAUUCAAAUGUCAUCUAUUAUCUAGUGUAUAUUCAUCAGACAAUCAUAUGCAAAAUCUAUUUGCACAUAUAGAACGUUUGGAAAAUAGUAAAACUACUACAAUAACACCUUCCCAAACAGAAACCUGUAAAAUAUUAAAAGUAAAAACAAAUAUUGUUUUUGACUUAAUAUAAUUUCUUAAUUACAAACAAUUUUCAGGCGUCACAUGCUAUUGAUUUAAUUUCUGUUAUCAAUUUUUUUCCAACAUUGUUUAAUCAACUAUUCAAUUUACUUGCCUUUACUAAUUGUACUAAUAUUGCAGUAAAUAUAAUACGUUUAUUGAUCCAUAUAGUAGAUUCAAUUCAAGAAUUUGGCCAUAGUGAUACAUUAAACAUUUAUAUAAAAGUAAGUUUACAUUUAUUUAUUAAUUAUUAAUUUAAUUAUUAAUUGCACUAAAAAUUAAAACUUAAUACUUAGUGCUUGUUAUAAAAAUGAUUUUGAGUUAUUAAUUUACUAGCAAAGCACAAUAUCUGUAGUUUUUAAUUUCUUGGAAAUUAAUUAUGUAACAUAUUGUUAUGAUUUUAUUAUUAUUUGUUUAAUGUUUGUUUAUUUUCAGUAUGUUUUUACCACUUCAACAAUAAAAUCAUCUAAUAACACUGUUCACAAUCAACUUCUGGCUAAUUUACCGAGUUUACUUAACCCAGAUAAUACUGAUUUUUUAUUGAUUAAUAAAUUUUUAGUUAAUUCAAAUUUUUUCUUUCAAAUUAUUAUAAAAAGUAUGGGACAAUAUCUUUUAACAUCAAACAGAAUUAAGGUAUGUAGAAAUUCAUCUAUUUUUAUCUAAUAUUAUUAAAUAUUAUAAGUAGGGAACAUGCAUGUUGAUAAAUAUAUAAAAAAAAAAAAAAAUUCAUAAUAUAAUAAGUAUUUAUUAUUAUUUUUAUUACUUUAGAUGCGUCGAAAUGAACGAUUUUCUUCAGAAUAUCAAUCUCUAGUUCAAAAUAUGUUAAUUAAUGUACUGUUACCAUACAUUAUAGACAAACACAAAGAAAUACCUUCACAAGUAGCAAAAUUGAAUAUAGCCGCAGCUCAUUUUCUAAAAAAGUGUUUAACAUUUAUGGACAGAGGAUUUGUUUUAUGUCUAAUAAGUUUGUAUAUAAGAAACUUAUCUACUAGCGAAUCAAGUUUUGUUAGAAGUGCAAAAUUAUUAUUUAUUAAAAUAAUUAUAUCACAUGAACACUACAUCUCAUUUAAUUUACCCGAAAAUAAUGGGCAAACAUUUCAAGGAUGGUCACCUUAUUCUCAGUAUUACAUGUCUGAUGAAUACUCUCGGCAUCAUUUUCUAUCUGCAAUAUUAUUGCGUGAAGUUUCAAAUUCAUUUUGUUUACCAUAUGAAUAUCGUCAAUCAGCUAUUAUUUGUUUACGAGAUUUACUUGCCAAACAUGAAUUGGAUGAUCGGUAUCAAUUGAAGGUAUUAAAUUAAUUAUUAUUUAAUGUGAAUAAAAAUAAUGCCUUUCCUGUACCUACUAUUCCAUUAUUAUCCCAUUGUAAAAUCCCAUUCGAUUUUUAAAUAAUAUAAGACUAAUUAGACAAUCAUAUAAAUUGGUUUAUGCAAAAAGGGCGCAUAUUCAAAUUUUAAAAUUGUUCGGGAAAAAGCAAAAAUACUCAAUAUCUGAAAAAAUUUCAUAUUUUUAAAUUAAUGUGUUAUAGUCUGUCUUGUAAAGUGUUUGAAUAAUUAUAUUUAAAUACUUUUAAAAUUAUUUUUUAGUAUUUCAAAUACAAUUUUAUUAAAGUAUUUUUUUAGCAUUCUGAAUAUUUUUAAAUUCUGAGUGGAGUAAAGAAGCUUAUGAUUUUAUAGAUAUGUUUAUUUAUUUAAUUUUUUAAAAAUAAAUUUUUAGAACUCUUAUAAUGAGGUAAAGUUUUCCAUUUAAAAUAUUAUGAUUUAUUCUGAAUUUCAUUUACAUAAGAUAUAAAGAAUUGACAAACAUUUUUUACUUAUACUUUAUAAGGAAACGAAACAAACAAAAAUAAUAAUAAAAGUAUAUUAAGUAUUAAAUAUCUAGAAAAUUGAUGAAUUUUAACUGGUCAAAAUCCUUUGAACAUCGAAUAUGGGUCUUUCUGUAUCAGCUAUUAAUAUAAAUUAUUUUAAUAAUUAUUAAACUUACAAAAAGUUUGAUAAUUAAUAUUAAAACUUUAUAAUAAAUAUAUUAAAGUUUACAAUAACAUAUUUGCAUAAUUUAAUAACUAUCCAACUAUAACAACUUUUAUGUUAGAAGUAUUGCUCCAAUAAAAGAUGACAAGAGACCUUUUGAUUUUUAGGGCUUCAUACAGUAGAUUAUUGACAUUCAAUACAUACCAAGGCACUUUUGUAACUAUUCAAAUAAAUGACUUGGAAUGCCUGAAUUGUUUUUAUAUUAGAACAUUUAGGGGAACCUCAGACAGCAGUUAUAAUGGUAUUAAUAUUAUUAUUAAUUUAUGUUGAUAGGGACAGAUGGCAAGAAUUGCUUCAUUAUAUUUUCCUUGGCUUGGAAUUGUAAUAGAAAAUAUUGGUCGGUUAGAUUAUAAAAAACGAAUAGUCAAUAAUAUAACUUACCGAUCUAUGAAAUUAUCUUCAGCAAGGUAUUUUUAAAUUAGAUAUAUACAAGUAUACAAUUUCAUAAUAAAUCAUUUUAUAAUCAUAAUGCAUUUUUCAAACUUUAGACCUGGAAAUGAUGUGGGGCCUAGAAUAUCUUUGAACUUGAGAGAUUCUACAUAUUUUGCAGCAAUUGCUAGUCACUGUAAGUUUACCAAAAGAUAUUGUAUUUAUAUAUUCAAACACAUUCAUACAUUUGUAUUUAGAAUAAUGUGAAGUGUUCUCUCAAGUUUACAGUUUUAAGAAAACUAAUUUGAUUAUUUAAUUAAACAUGAUUUUAAAUUGUGGAAGUCAAUUAUUUAACUAAAUAUUCUAUGAGUUUAAUAAACAAUAUUUUUAUUUUAAUGUUUAUUUCGUUUUAGUGACACCAUCUAAAAAAUUAGCUAACCAGAAUCAACAGGAAGAAAAAUUAAUAAAAACUAAUUCAAAUUUAAGUAUAAACUCUUGCACCUCAAAUUUGUCAUCUCCCGAUCAUACAAAUUCAAUUAUCUCUCAAGAAAUAACUACCAGAAGAAAUUCUUAUGUAUCCGAUUCCUUGGGAACUAAUAGGGAUCAGCAUUCUAGAUCUGUAAGUGGUAACCAAACUUUUCACAUUACUACAGACACAUCAGUAAAUGCAAUAAGUAAGCUGGAACCUACUGAAGUCAAAGAUGUACUUGUGAGUUUUUUGUUUAUUUUAAAAUAUUCAUCUCAAGAUCAAUUGGUUUCUUGGUGGCGUUACUGUUCAGAACAGGAUAUUGUGGCAUUUUUUAAAAUAGUUGAGUAAGUAUAAAAGAUAAUUUUUAUUAUCAUUCUCCAUAAGCAUAUUAGUGUUGUAAUUUCAUUAACAUGUUCAGUAGUCAUUAUAUAUGUAAAUAUUAAGGGCAUAAACUAGAUUUGUUUUUAUUUUGUAUAGAUUAUGUUUACAAGAGUUUCGAUACAUGGGACGUCAGCAUAUAACAAAAGAGUUUGCUGAAAAUAAUCGAGAUAACGUUCAACCAAAUUCUGCUGCUAAUACAAAAAAGUCUAUGACAUUACCUGCACGGAUGCAACCACCAUUUGAAUUUAAUAUGGAGACUACAGCUAAUUUAAAUUGCCAUCCACAGUUAACAUUAAUUAGUAAUGGUACAAGCAGUAUUGGCCGUGUAGACAAUUCUAAAAAAGGUUUUUAAUUUAGCUCUAGUAUAUGUUUAUUCAAAUGAUAGUAGGAUUGAUAUAUUAUUACAUUAUUAUAAAAAGUGGAAAACAUUUUUCAUACAAAACUAAACAUUAAAAGAAAAAGAAAACUUUUAUUUUUAUUCUAUUAAACAUAUUAUUAACAUUAUCCAAUUAAUACCAGUUAAUAUGUUUUCAUUUUUAUUUAUCCAAUAAUAUGUAGUACAUUUUAAUUAUUACUACAUAAUUUUUAUUAUUUACAAUGUUUUUUUUUUUUUUUUAGAUAAUACAACCCUUGAUGAUGAUCUAGCAUUUCAAAUUCUAUCAGAAGCUAAUUUAACAGCAGAAGUGAGCUUAGUGGUCUUAGAUGUGUUUUCUUCCUAUUGCAUACACUUCAAGGAUACUUUAAUGGCAUAUAAUGGUGAAAAUGAUGUUAUGGAAAGCAUUUUUUCCUUACUUAUGUCAUUUUUAUGUAUCCCACAGUCAACAUCAGUUAGUGCACACAUUUUUGCUACUUUACGCUCAUUUAUAAAUCAUUUUUCUUGCAUAUUAUUUAAAGGUAUUUAUUGUCUUAUUUGGUUUUAUAAAACUAAAUAUUUAUUAAAUAGCUACCUAAUAAUCUUUUAAUUUUUAAGGCAAUGCUAAUUUCGUCAGUAAACUAUGCUUUCAAUUAUUGAAUGGAUGUAAUAGUCGAUGUUCUAUUUUACGCCAAGAAUCUUGUGCUGCACUUUAUUUGUUAAUGCGAAGUAAUUUUGAACUUUCCUCCUCAAAUAUUACCAGAGUUCACUUACAAACCAUUAUUGGGGUAUCACAAUUAUUAGGAGACUUAACAACUGCUGGUCUUAAUAACUCAUAUUUUCAAGAAAGUCUCUCAUUGAUAAAUAGCUACUCCAAUAGUGAUAAAGUGAUGAAAAAUACUGGCAAGUAAAAAUACUAUUAUAUAUUUAAUUACGUGUGUUGUGGCAUAUCCAUAGGAAAUUGGGAGAGGGGUAUCCUAUGCACUAAAUAUUUAUAAUUUGUUACUUUAUUGUGGACAGGUAAUAUUAUUAUUUAUAUUUACACAGCAUAUUUCUUUUCCUUAACCCAUACCCUUUAAAAUAAAUUGAUUAAUAAAUAAAUAUGAUUUAUACAUUUUAGUUUUUCAAAUAUUUAAUUUCUAUAAAAAUACAAUGUAAUUUAUUUUCCAAAUUAUUUAUAAAAUUCAAUAUACAGGUUAUCCUACAAUUUUAUCCUUAUACUAAAAAUUCUGUAAAUAUUUAUUUUUUUUUUUAAAAAAAAAUUUUCAAUCAGGUUUUGUGCCACACAUGUGUAGAGAAAAAUUAAAUUUUUAUUUUCAUCCGGUAAUCAUUAAAAAAAAUAACUUUUUAUUUUAUCACUUUUCAAAAUAGCCAUUUCAUAAAAGAUAUUAUUCUAAACAUUUCAAUGUAAUAUACAUUCAUAUCAAAUCAUUAGUUUUUUUAGGAAUAGCAGGUUUAAUAUCUAGAAAAUGAGUGUGAAAACAAUUAAUUUUCAAUAGAAUAACACAUUAUGCAAUAAAGAAUCAACAAUCAUUAUGGUAAUUCUCUAUUUUCUAUUGAAUAUGAAUUCUUUUUGGCCUAUUUUUGAGAAACUAAAAAGGCUAUUAUUAAAGAACUAUUGAUUUGGUAUUAAUAUAUGUUACAUUAUAAUGUUUAGAAUAAUAUCUCUGACAAAAUGGCUAUUUUGAAAAUUUUGAAAAAUAAAGUUAUUUUUUUCAAUGAUUAAGAGAUGAAAAUAAAAAAUGUUUUUUUCUCUGCAUAUAUUUGCCCCUCAUACAAAACCUGAUAUAAAAAAAAUAAUAAUAAUAUUGAUAGAGUUAUUUACCAUUAGAAUAACACUGUAUUAUAUUUUGAAUCCUUUAUAAACCAUUAGGAAUUAAUUUGUUAAUAAGUAUGUAUUAUUUCUGAUUGUGAAUAAUACUUGAAUUGAUGUAAUUAAAUAUUAUUAAAUUUUGAGAGUAAGUUAAAGAAAAAUAAACACAUUAUGUUGUAACAUAAUUUGGGCUAGGUCUUGGGUAAGAAUAAAAUGUUUUAUAGAGAGGAGAGCUAUUAACUAGAAGCUAAGACUAAAACUAGUAGCUAAAACUUAUUUUCAGGGUGGAAAGGUAGGAUUUAGAUAAAGAGUUUAAUAUUAUUUUAUUUAAUUAUAAGAUAAUAUCUAUUAAAUAAACAAGCCAAUUAAUAUAUAUUAAUAACUAAUAAACUAUAUAAUCUACAAUAGCAAAUCUUCUUUAUUUGGCUGCCAUUUUUAUUUAGUCCUCUAUCUAUGGGUAUAUUUCUAUAUACUGUCAGCAUUUAAUAAAUUCUAAUUAAUAACAUAUUUAGUUAUUAGGCAUGGUAUGUGUAUUUAUAUAUAAUAUACUAAUUUUUAAUUAUAAAUACCUCUGACAUCCUAUUCUGUAAGUAAUUUUUAACAGUAUAACCUUAGCCACCAAUUAUAAUUUUGGUUCAAAUUUAAUCAAACAUAUUUAAAUUUAUAUUUAUUUACUAUUUAACAAUAUUUGAGUAAUACUUAUUUAUAAACUAUUUAUAACUCUUAGAAAAAAAGCUGGGAGUUGACACCUUCUCCCAUGAUUACGUUACACAAUAUAUAAAAUCAAAUAACUAGUCUUUUCAAAAUAAAACAUUGAUUUAAAUGAACAAGUAAACAAAUUUAUGUAAACUGUAGGGUUUCCAGUACAAGUGAAAGAUUUGACAAGACGUGUGAGAACAGUACUUAUGGCAACCGCAAGUAUGAAAGAUCUGAAUCACGAUCCUGAAAUGCUAGCGGACCUUCAGCAUAGCUUGGCCAAUUCUUACGCCUCCACACCCGAAUUGCGUUUAACGUGGUUGCAGACUAUGGCCCGCAGUCAUGACGAAAAUGGCGAUAAUUCUGAGGUUCUAUUGGAGUGAUUUUCAUUUUAUUUAUAUAUAUUGAACAUAUUUUUAAUUUUACCCAUAUUGUUUUAUUCUGGGACUACACAGAGCACUAUGAAAAACAGUUAUGAUUAUUUUUCAGCUGAAGUGGCAACACAGAAUAAUGUACACUGUCAUAAAUUCAUAAUAUUCGAGUAGGUAGAUAGGUCCGAUAAUGAUGUAUUAUAUGUCUCACUCCCUCCAGUGUUUGAUUAUACUUUUAGCAACGUAUUUUUUUCUGUAUUCUUCCACUUAACUUUAAACUUUGAUAUCACACAAGUUGGUACUCUUAUUUUCACCGAAUACAUUUCCUGGUUACACCAAAAUUUUUUCAUUAACUUCACAGACCCCUAAAAUUCUCUUAAUUUCUUCUGCCUCAUUUUCUUUGGCCUAAUUCUUCCCCAGCAUCCACUAACACUUAAUUCACUUGUUUUCUUGACUACUUUAUUAUAUUUUCUCAUUUUUGUGCAAUCUCAGUGUAUUAUGUUAUAUUUUUCUUGCUACUCCUAUACUUCAUGAGAGAUGAUUUUCUCACACCAUUGCUACCCAAAAGUGCGUGUCUAUAAUCAAGUGCCCAGUGAUCAAUGAGUUUUUCAGUCGUUCUCUCAUGGGCCAGAGUAUAGUUUAAAUUAUAUUCAGGGUGUCCCACGAAGAUAUACCUAUUAUAAUAUCUCUAAAAAUAUUAAUUUUUUUCAGAAAUUAUUUUUGUAAGCUUAAGAAACAAAUAGUUCCAAGAUGCCACAUUACUUUUUUCCACCCUUAUUUUAGGGGUGAAACAGCUGCCUACUUUUGAUUUUUAAAUGGUAACCCCUAUAUUGAAAAUACUUUAAUAGAUAGAAUAUUAAUUAAAAUAAAUAUUUGGUAUUUUGAAAUUUUUGAUUUCCAUCAAGCUGUUCAAGAAAUAUUCCAAUUUUAAGUUUAGACUUAGACUUAGACUAAAAUAAAAUUAAAAAAGACUGCCCUUAAUUCAAAUUUUGCUAAAUAUGUUUUAAAAAAAUAACUGUAAUAUAAGUUUUAAUAUUAAUACAGACUUAGGAAUAUUAAAUACACAAAAUUAUAUUUACAUUUUCAGUUUUAGAAAAAUUACACUUACACAAUAGAAUAAAGAAAAAUAUUCAAAGUAAUUUUAAAAAUAUAUCUUAUAUCAAUAAAUUUUGGAUAAAAAGUAAUAACCAAAUAAUUUAUGUUUCUUAACAUAUUCUAUGUCUAAUAAUAAUUAAUUUUAAAUAGUUUUUCUUAUUAAAAUUAAUUAUUUAUAUAUUCUAUGUAAAAGGACCAAUUUGUUUAAUUUUUUUUUUAUGUAUUCCUUCAUUUAAUUUUUUAUUUUCAGUAACAUUUUAUAUUUUGACUGUGAUAUAUCUGAUGAUGAAUUUUUAAUUUGAAUCUGUGUAAUACACUUAUCAUAAUAUUCCAGGUGAUACAUUCAUUAAUUUAUUUUUAGGUAUGUUAAUUGCACUUUCUAUUAAAAGUACCUCCCUCUCACUUCCAAUUUUUGGAUUCAGGAUAUCUAAGGGAUUUAGUGAUAAGAGAAUGGUUUUAAUACCAAAUAAUUUAAAUUGGCGCCCCACAAAAGUCCUCUCCAUAAUUUUAUAUCAUAAAAUUUCUUCCAAAGGACUUAGCCUGGAAUUCAUCUGAUCACAAUCAAACUUUGGAAACUGUCUCUAGGUCACCCCAAGACCACUCUCACUAAAUUUAGUAACAAUAGGAAAGGAUAAAAAAAAAGGAUGACUCUAACGUGAUUCAUGAGGCAUCUAUACUCCACAUAGUAAUUUGGGAAAUAAUAAUAUUUUAUUCUUAUAACAAAAUAUUUUGUUACAUGAUUUAUACAAAUGUUUUCUAACUAUUUCUAUAAUGUUUUCAAAAAAAUAUGGAAGAAUAAUGGAGACAAGGCAGUUACUGUUAUAGAUAAUUUAAUGUAUACCUGUAAGCAACAAUAAACCUUACGAAAAAACGACUCUGAGCAGAGUUCAGAUGAUAGUGAUGCUUUAUCAACAAUAUAUAUGCCAUAUUAUAGUAAAAUAAUUUAAUAGGUUCUAUAUAUUUUCUUUAAUAAUAUUUGUUUAACGGUGCACUAAUUUUCCCGGUUUUCCCAGUUUUUCAUAUUUGAAAAAAAUAAACAUCUUUGUAAAACCAUAAGCUUUUGAAGUUAUUCACAAUCCCUUUUAAUUUUUACUUCUUAGACACUUAUAACAAAACAUUUUUUACCCAUACCUUUUUUUAGUUUAGACAAUGUGAUUGUGUGGUUCUGUUUUUCUUUAUUUUCUUGUAUUGUACAUUAUUUACUAACUUUUUAUUUAAUUUUGUUGCAUCUAUUAUUAAUACAAUAAAGUUUUUGCAUUAUAGUUAUAAUAAACAAAUGGAUUUUUCUUUUUAAAUCAAUAGGUUAUGGGCCCAGUUACCUUAUAGUAAUUAUUUAAAAAAAAAUCCUCAUCGUUGUUUAAGUUUCAUUUUUGAAAUGGAAGAGAACAAAUAUAAAGUGCUGUUAUUCAAUGGGAAGAAUUUUUCCAACUGGAAAUUUAAAAUGGAAAUAUUAUUUGAUGAACAAGACGUUUUAAUUUUUGUCAUGGAAGAAAUAACAACUGAGAGAAACAGAAAGAAAUAAUUAAAAUGUAAAUCUUUAAUUAUUCAGAGAAUUGUUGAUAGUCAUUUGGAAUUCGUGAAAGACAAAAACUCAACAAAAGAAAUUUUGGACACUCUAAAUAAAAUGUUUGAACAGAAAGGUGUUGCUGGUCAUUUUCAUAUAAUAAGAAAAUUGUUAACAAUGAAAUAUGAUAAAAAAGAUUCAUUGGAGUCACAUUUUAUAUUAUUUGAGUGUAUGAGUGUAUGUAAGCUUCAAGGACCUGAACAACAAAUGCACAAAUCAUUUUUAAUAAAUAUGUUAUUGUUAACUUUACCUCUGUCAUAUGAUAGUAUAGUUAUUGCAUUGGAAACUAUAGAUGAUAAUAAACUUUAAAUUUUGUUAAAAAUAAAUUAUUGGAUAUUGAACUUCAGCACUCAGAUAAUAAUAAUAAAGUUAAGGAAACAUUUGGAGCAGCUUUUUCUAAAAAUGUAAAUAAAUAUUUAAUUAAAAAAACAGUUUCCAUUCAAAUGCUAUAUCUGUGAGCGAAUAGGUCAUAAUCGUUCUGACUGUCCUAUGAAAACUGAAAAGCCUAAAACACAACAAAAAACAAAUAGGGCAAAUCAUACUGAGGAAGUUACUAGUGAAAAAGAAAACAUCGCUUUUCAUACUCAAAUUGUAAUCACUAUGAAUGGAAAUUGUUCAAAUUCAAAUACAAUAUAUUGAUACUUAGGUUCCAGAGUACUCCAGAUACUUGGACCACAUAAUGAAUAGUACAGAAUAUUUUACAGAAUUCAAGAAUUGGAACAACCUAUAAGAAUUGCUGUGGCCAAACAAAAGAAAAUGCUCUUUGCCAGAUACUCAAGUACAAUCCAUUCUCAAUACUGAAUGCAAUGUUGAAAAUCUAUUUAAAAAAACUACUUUUAGAAAUAUACUAUUUGUACCAGACUUAUUACAUAAUUUAUUUUCUGUACAAAAAAUUGAAGAGAAGGGAACGAAUAUAACAUUUUACAAUGCUCAUGUUUUAAUACAAGAUAAUAAUUUAGUCACCAUGAGAGAAAGAAAUGACAAAAUGUAACAAAUUAAAUUUAAUAUUUAUAUGCAUGAUUCAGCUAAUGCUAAUUUAGUUAUUGAAGGAAAUGCAGACUUAUGGCAUUAAAGCCUUGGUCAUUUAUGUAAAUAAAACUUGUCUAGACUAAUAAGAAAAGAAAUGGUUGAUGGAAUUAACAUUUCUACCAAUGAUAUCAAUGAACUUAAUAUUGUGUGUGAAUCAUGUGUAGAAGGUAAAUAAACAAGACAAACAUUCAAGGAAAGAUUACUUCAACAGUCAAUUCGCCCUUUGGAGCUUAUACAUACUGAAGUUUGUGGUCCAAUAUCACCUGUAACAUGGGAUAACAAGGGUACUUUUUAACAUUAAUUGAUGACUUCACCCACUUUACAAUGGUCUAUCUUUUGUCAAAAAAAGUGAAGUAUUAGAAUAUGUUAUGCAAUAUGAGGUUUAUGUAACAUCAAAAUAUAAUUCUGAAGUAUCUCAUUUAAGAUUUAAAGAUCUCAUUAAAGAAUUUUGUUUUUUUAAGAGUAUUCAUUAUACCACAGUGUAUACACCUCAAUUAAAUGGAAUAGCUGAAUGCAUGAACAGAAGUCAAAAGAAAAAGCUGUUGUAUAAUACUACAUUUUGGUGUUAAAAAGGAGUUAUGGAGAAAGAAUUUUAGUAUCUACCUAUAGAUCAAACAGAAAUCCAUGUCCUUCAUUACAAUGUAAUAAGACUCCAGCUGAGUUGUGGUUAUAAAAAGGGUAAAUUUUUCUAAAUUGAAAGUUUUUGGUUGUGAAGUUUUUAUUUACAUUCCUGAAGAAAAAAAGAGCGAAGUUAGAUUCAAAAACCAAGAAAUGUAUUAUGGUUAGUUACAACAUAAAUGGUUAUAGACUUUGAAGUAAAUAUAAAAAUAAAAUAAUUGUAUCAAGAAAUAUAAUAUUUAAUGAACAAAUAUUUUCAAAAUUGUAUAUGUGAACUUCAAUGAUUUUUCUUUUAAAUAAAAUACUUCGCUCCACUCGGAAUCUAAAAUUAAACGUUUUAGAAAUAUGAGAUUAAAAUGUUUGAUGAAUAUUAUUCAGAAAUAUUUUCUAAAUAUGAACUAUUUGGCCAAAAAAUAUUUCGAUAAUAUUUACACCAUUAUAUAACAAUAAUCGAAAAUAUUUUGACAACUAUAAAAUUUUCCUAAAAAUAUUUUGUUCGUAUCAUAGAAAUAUUUUUUUUGCUGUGUGGGACAUCAAGUAUAUCUCCACAGGAUUUAUUCUACGAAAUCUAAUCAAAUUUACCUUACCUGCUGGUAAAAAAAGUUGAACAUUUUAACCGGGGUAAAUCAUAGCUUAGCUUUCCAUACAUUUUUGUAUGACCACUAAUUGCAAUAAUGAUAAAUGAUCACAAACAUAAUAUGUAGCGUUCUCUGUAGUCUGUACCCACUAUGCCUAUCAUUAUAAUAUUAUAUAGGUAACAAUUCGCCAAUAAACGUGAAACGCACAUUGUGUUUCAGGCUGCGCUUUGUAGACUGCAUAUGGCCGCACUGGUGGCGCAAUAUAGGAAAUUGAAAGGCACCCAGGAAUGGGGCGCCGAAGCGUUCGCGAAAAUCUCGUCGAACAUCGUCCGGGACGAGACGGGGUUGCAGCUGGAUUUUGCGAGUGGCAUGGCGGCGGCGGUCAACGACACGUUGUAUGGUGAACAAGCUCUUUUAGAACGACUGGAGGAGUGCGCGGUGAGCUUGCGCCGCGCCGAACUAUACGAGUGUCUGGGUGAGCUCUAUAAGCUUAUUAUUCCCGUGUAUGAACGGCGUAAGGAUUACCAUGCUUUGGCCAACUGUUACCGGACCGUUAGUCAAGCGUACGAAUCUGCCGUAUCCGCCCGCCAAUCGGGACGCCGGAUGCUCGGCCGUUAUUAUAGAGUAACCCUGUUUGGCCAGGUACGUUGGAUUUCAUUUGCGUUACAUUUUUGCCAUUACUAAUAAUAAUUAGGUGCAUUUUGGCGGUGUUUACACAUUUGUCAGUACUAUUUAUAGCUAUUUAACACUUUUAACCGAUAAAAAUCAUGGUAUUUAAUGAGAUAUUGUGGUUAUGUUUAACGAAAUUAAAAACAAUUGAAUACAUAACAUUUAUCAAAUCGAAAAUAAUCAAAUUCAUAUUCAAACCCAUUUUAAAGCAACCGCGAAAAUGUAAUUUUUUCUCACAUUUCUGUACAAACAUUAAUAAUAUUAUCGUAGGUACCAAAAAUAAUAAUGUUCCGGUUUCCCAUAGGCAUAUUUUGGUGAUCAACACGGCGUUGAAUUCGUGUACAAAGAACCCAAACUAACGCCCCUUUCGGACGUGUCCGAACGGUUGUUGUGUCAAUUCGGCGAUAAAUUUGGCUGUGACAACGUGCGCAUAAUUAUGGAUUCGAAUACCGUGAGUGCAUAAAACUAAAAAUUAUAUAUCUUAUGAGAAAUGUUUUAUUUCAUUUGUUUAACUUAUGAAGAAUAGGGAAAAUAAAUAUAUUUACUUAUUAUUGUUUUAACUAUUUUGUAUUUCCGAAACUAUUGAAAAUGAAAAAUAAAUUUGGCUUUAAGAGGCUGUUUAAAAUUAUUCUAAAUUUUACUCAACUUCAUGGCGGUUCCCAUGCUCGAAUUAUUUUUAAAAAUACACGAAAUGCAGUAUUUUUUUCUAUUAUUUCGGAUCUACAAUUUGAGCUGAAAAUUAAUAUUGGACAUUAUCAUUUAUUUAAAAAAAACUAUAGGAGUUGAAAAGUUACUCCUACGCGUUUUGAGCUAUUGUUUAAAACACACACUAUGAAACUAUAUGUUUUAAACAUGAUUUUUUUUUAAUAAUAUUAUCUGACUGCAUAUAUUUAUUCCCACUCCUGGAUUGUAGAAGUAAAUUAAACCACGUACAAAUAUUACCCAUCCCAUACUGAAUAAAUUAUUUUAUUAUAUUAAUGCAUUAUUUUAGAUUAUAAGUGAAACGAAGAAGUUUAUAGAAUAAAGAUGUUAAAUUUUUUUUUUUUUUGUGUGAACGCUUUUUACUAGAAAGUUUACUUCAAUGUAUAAGUACAAUGUAGACCCUUUUCUGAAUGAAAAUUUUCUUGGGUGGUACUUUAAGGAAGGUCAUUUUUUGAUUUUCUCAAGAGUUUUCCCAGCAAACGUGAAAAACCGGAAAAAAACCUGGGAAAAACAUAGGAAAACAAGAAAAUCGGUACAAUAUUAAACAAAUAUUCCUAAAGAAAAUACAUAAUCCCUUAAAUAAAUUAAAUUAACUUACCAUAAUAUGACAUAAUAUAUAUUGUUGACAAAGUAUCACUAUCAACUGAACUUCGCUCAGAAUCGUUUUUUCGUUAGCAAUGGUUUAUCGUUGCUUACAGAUAUACAUUAAAUUCCCUUUUGUAUCUUACCUUCCCAACUUCCUACCUACAACAAUGGCUGCAUCCACGUGCGAAAUAUGUUCAUCAUUUUUAUUUGUAAAUAAUAGUUUUAUAAUUUUGUUUAUAAGUAUAAACAAUGGGUACAAAAUUAGUAAUAAUAAUUUUUUAUUUUAAAUAAAAAUAAACAAUUUCGUUUAGAUAACUUCUUUUUUUAAUUAAAAUGUUUUGUUUUACACUUUUACUUUCGAAAAAAAAAAGGACAAUCAUUCACAAUUACUUUUUGAAAUUACAUAUAAAUACGCUCUCAAUCUAAAAUGUAUAAAGAAUACCUACUAACAAAAUCGUGAAACAAAGAGAAAAACCGAUUAUCUGUUAUUAUUUUGUUUACAAUAUCAUAUAUUUACAAUUGAUCAAAAUAUAAAUAUUUUAUGUAGUAUGAAAGCUGACUGUAAACCAUAGAAUAUUCAAGUAAACUUAAAAUAUAAAUCAAAAAUUCAAAACAAUUUGAUAAGUUUGUUAUCAUGUUACCCUAAUUGAUCCAGUGCAAGAACCAGGUAUCUCCACUUAUUGAAAUUAUUCGGCAGGCAUAAAAACCUAAAUAAUUAAAUUUCUAAUAAAGGUAUGGAAAUUGUAAAAAUAGAUUUAAAUAGACGAAGAGUUAAUUAUGCAUAUAUAUAUAGAUUUACAUUUUAUAAAAUCUUAAAUACCUUUUGCACUAAAAAAGCUGAAAAAAACUGGAAAUAUCUGGUUAUUGCGCCAAAUCGAACGAAAUUUGUUUGUCUAUAUUUUAUUUUUUAAUAAAUAAAAGGUGAUAAUGUCAUCAUAAAUAAUACAAACCGACUAAGAAUUAUAGCUAUGAAUCUUAGUCGUUAUAAAACAAAGUAUAGAAAAAUACAACUAAUUCUUGAUAUAUAAUAAUUCAUAUUUUAUAUAAUAUUUAAAGGAAAUCAAAUUAUUUUAUUUUUCUGUGAGUGAUAUUUAUAUAUUUAGUUAUAAGGCUAUACUUGUUUAUCAUAUUUUUUUUAACUAAAAGAAAUUUAACAACUUUUAUACCAUGAAAAAGUAUUAAGUUAUAUUAUUAGUAAUAUUAAUUAUUCUAUGGAUUCGGUACAAUAACCGGUGAUGCUUUGCCUAAACGGUCAAUCAACGGCCAAUAUGGUACCAAUCACGCAUUUGGCGUUGCCUAAAUAGUCAGGUCACUCGUCGCAUGCGUUGCUUGGACGGCUUUUGUGUAUUCUGACCGUCGCCAAAUUGGCCAUCCUGUCGAGUAGAAUCGUCAACGGCCAGUCGCUGAAAAUAUAAUAAAUUUGUUGAUAAUAGCAUAGUUUUUCGAAAGUAAAAUUCUUCUUCUCGGAUAUUGAUAUUAAACUAUUAAGAUUAACGGCCACAUUUAGGACCAUCCCGAAUUCCCGACAAACAACCAAAUACCUAUAGGCAAUAUGGCUCUAUUUACUACCUAAGAGUAUACUUAUAGGUGAAUGUAUAAUUGAUAAUUGAUAAAUGACAAAUCGCUGAUAGCGAUUUUUUGCGUUGCCUGCCAACGGUCAAAAAUUUGGCCGCAUGUCAUAAAAAAAUCAAAUAAUCAGAACGGUCCACCGUCAGUCUGGUCGUUCAGGUAACGCACCUCGGAGAUCUCCGAAGAUACCCGGUUAUUGCACUAAAAUCUGAAAACCAAGCUUCUCUAUUUGUAUGAUAUUAGCCAAUCGAACUGACGGAUUUCUUUGGUUAUUGCAUCAAAUUGCAGACAAAGUUUUCCUUUAUUACAUGUAAAUUGUAAUAAAAUGUAAACUCCCGCAUUUUGAGAAAAAAGUGGAGAUACCUGGUUCUUGCAUUAAGGCCCUCAGUUGUAGAUAAAAUAUUUUUGUCUGUUUACAAUACACCAAACUUUACCAGAGAACACGAUAAAACUAAUACAAAAUAAUCAAUUUUUGAAAAAAAAAUUUUUUAUUUGGAAUUUGCUUAAUUAUCAUUUAAUAAUAAUUGUAUAUUAAACAAUAAAUAAUAACAAGAAAUCGUUAUUUCGCACUGUACAAAUUAAUAAUAAUUUUUACUACACAAUUACUUUUCUUACUGCGCAUUAAAAAAAACGAUGGUUUUUAAUACUUUUAAAACGAGAUAAAAACAAUAUUUAAAUCACAAUAAAAUAUUAUCAUUGUUAGACUUCUAUUUUUGUUUUAGAUUUUGAGCAAAACGAGGAAUGUAUUGGUUUUACAAAACUGUGUUUAUUGUUAUUAUUUUUUUUUAUACUGUUUACAAAAAUUCUACUAGAAAUCAUGCUCCAAUGUAUCAAGUAUAGCACCUUUUUCUGAAAGAGAAUUUUAUUUCAUUGGUACUUUAAAGAUAUCAUUUCUUGAUUUUCUAAGCAGUUUUCAUAAUAAUUAGGAAAACAGGAUAAUUUUCAAAAAUAAUGCUUUUAUUAUUUUCAGUUUUGUUUUUUUGUUGUUAUUCAAUUCAAAAUGUUUGGAGAGACUUAAAAUUAGACAGAAAACUUAUUUUUGCCUUUUCUAAAUAUGGUCAAGUUUUCAAAACAUUUGAGUCAUUUUUAAACUAUUAAUAGACAUUUUAGUGUUGCGUGUUUUUUACAUCAUUUUUAUUCUGUAGGUACUCUAUGGAUAAAAUUGUUAGACCAAACAAGAAUACUUGAACAUUUAAAAGGAGGUUCAUUAUAAGUCUUAAUUUGUGAUUAAAAAAAAAAAUUGAGAAUGUAGAAUCAAUGUAGAAUUUUUUUAUGAGAAUUUCAACAUCAAAUUUUAUGUAACCAUUCUCCGCUCAGAAUCGUUUUCAUUAAAAAUGAUUAAUUGUUGCUUACAUUAAAUUCCUUUCUAUAUCUUACCUUCCCAACUUCUCACUUACAACAAUGGUCCACCUAUCGAAGUCCACCUACCUGCGAAGUAUGUAGCAUAAUAAUUUUGUUGUUUUUAAUGAUAAUUUCAUUCAUUUUUAUUGACAACAUGUGACACUUAAGAAUUACCUACCUAAUUAUAGUUAGGUAUGCAAUAUAAAAUAUUUGUUAUUAGUUACUACUACUUAGUCAAGUAUACCUAGACACUAUUUUAAUAGUACAAAAUGCUUUUGGAUUAUUUGUAUUGUUACCAAACUGGGAGUUGGUAAAUUAAGUUUCAAACGAAUUUAUCGUUUUUCAAAAUCAGUAAGUUGAGUCCCUCCAAUAAAAAUGAAAGUGAUACCUAAAUUGUGUCCUAAAAGUUUUUGAUCUAUGAGUAUCAUAAGGAUACUCCUUAAAUUGUGUAAACAACCUAAGUAUUCGAUAAUAUUGUCUUUAACUACACUUGAAAAUUCCAAAUAUUAGAAUUUGAAUACAUGCAUAAUUUAACCAUUAAAAUGGGAAAAGCAUGCUUAAAAAUAAGAUAAGAUAAUAGAGACUGGUGUAGCCACUGUUGUAGGUGGGAAGUUGAGAAGAAUACAAAUGGGAAUUUAAUGUAUAUCUGUAAGUAAUGAUAAACCAUUGCUAAAAAAAAAAACAAUUCUGAGCAGAGUUCAGUUAAUAGUGUUUCUUUGUCAACAGUAUAUAUUAUGUCAUAUUAUGGUAAAAUGGUACAUAUGCAUUCAACAUUUUUUUUAAUAAUAUUUGUAUAAUAUUGUACAUAUUUUUUCAUUAUUCUCCCAUAUUUUCUAGAUUUUCCAAUAUGUUCAGAAUCUUAAAAGUGCUUCAAAUUAAUGUAGGCCUCAGGGCCCAUGUAUGUGUGACACAUAUUCUGCACACCCUGGUUUUGAAGCAUUGGUUAGGACACCUAUUAUUUUAGUGUAACUUUAACUGGUAUUUAUUUUGUCUCUAUAGAUUUCCAUUUCCGAUUUGGACGUGAAAUUUGCAUACAUACAAAUCACUCAUGUUGUGCCAUACCAUGGAGAAAGUUACUCGGAAAUUGACAAUGACUCUUUUUCUGAGUUUGAACGUAAUCAUGAUGUGGAAAGUUUUGUUUUUGAAACGCCAUUUAUUCGUGGUGGGGGCGGUGGUGGCCAAUCACAGAGUGGUCCCCGAGAGCAAUGGAAAAGACAAACUAUUAUAAAAAGUAAUAAUAUUUAAAUAUUUUAUACUUGCUAUUCCUGACAGCUUUGCCCAUGAAUAGUUGUAUUGAAUUAUUAUUUUUUUUUUUUUUUAUAUAAAUGAAGUGUCUUUUAAAUAGAAAUUUGUUCCAUUCUUUUUUUCUGAUACUUAGUAUAAAGUACAAAUUAAUUUAUUAACAUUUUUUUUUAAAUUUGAAAAUACCAAUAAUUAAUUUGCUUUGGAAAUAUACACGUAAGACAAUACAUUGUUUUUGAAUUAUUAAUACUUUAAUCAAUAUUGUAAAUAUAUAUUAUUUACAAUUGUAUAUUAAAUUGAAAAGUUCAAGAAAAAUGAAGAACUAAUGAUUUGGUUGCAUAUUAUAAAAUAGGAACUCUUUCCUGUUCCUUUAUUUCAAAAGUUACUUAUUCCAUCCUUUUUUUUCUUUAAACAUACCACUUCGAAAAAUCAUCAUUUUUUUUCAUAAUAUAACAUAUUCUUCCACAAUUUGCAGUUUUCACCUUUACACAGUAAAUCAUUGUUUCUCUGUAAUUUAUUUUCUAUUUUUAAAGUACUUCCUUGCCAUUUAUCCAACAUUGAACAAGUAUAUAACAAAGAGAUUGAGUUUUCAGUUAUUAUGAAUAAACAUAAGAACUACUAACACUAAACUAGAACACUAAAAAUCAUUCAGAUUUUCAAAAUUAUUAAUUUUGUUAAUUAAAUAUGAACAUUUGUCCUGCAGUUUUUACAGUCAGUUAGUGAUAAGAUAACAAUAAAAAAUUAUGGACCUCUUUGUAUAGCAGUAAGAUAAUAUAUUAAUUAAGUUUUGUAAAGUGGUCAUAAUAUAAAUAUUUGUCCAUUUUCCUACAUGUUUUUUCCUGGUUUCCCAAUUGUUAUGAAAAUAAUUACUAUCCAUGUAGUGUACAAGUAUUUAGUGCUGACUGAGUGUAUUCUCUCUUAUGGAAUAAUUAUUUGGGUUGGGUUGUAUAAUAAUUUUCUAGGACAAUAUUAUAAGCAGUGUUGAGACUAGAUAAUUUGUUUUUAUCUAGAUAUAAAUAAAAGAUAAUUGCUCUAAUAUUAUCUAGACUAAGAUAAGAUGAUAUGCAUUUUAAUUAUCUCAUAAUAAGAUAAAAUUCAUGCACAGUUUAUCUAGAUAAAAAAAAAAAGAUGAAAAUUUAAAUAUUUAAAACAAUUUCAUUUAACCUAUGGUAAAAUUUAUAUUUUACUAUUGUAAAUUAAUAUAUCAACUAAUGAUUAAAGUCUUGAGAUUAGGUAGGUACACAGAUUUUUUAAGCAUAACAUAAAUAACAACUAUCUACAUUCUACAAUUUUCUGUACAAAAUAUGUUGAGUGUUUACCCAUUUUUAUUUACAUAAAUUAAAAGAUUAAUACAAGUAUAAUUUUUGUAUUAAGAUUAAUUACUACAUCUCAUAGUACCAGAAAAAAUUUAUAAAUUUUAAAAUUGAAUUUGCUAAUAAACAACUAUUUCCAUAAACCAUUUUUAAAACAUUUAUAUUUGGUUUAAUGACUUUUCAAAAUAAAAUGUAUGCAUAAGAAAAAUUUUAACUUUAAAGCAUUAUAAUACAAAACAUAAUUCUUCCAAACAAAAUUCACUCUUUAUCAAUAGUUAAUAAUAUAAAAGUUCUCAAAUUACAAUUUUACAUACAUAAUAUAAAUGAUUAAAUGAAUAGUAUUUAAAUAUUUGAUAAGUACCUAUAUUAUACUUUACAUGUAAUCACUUCUCAACUUUAAAAUAAUAAUAAUUAAUAGUAAUAAUAAAUCAUUUUUUUUGUCCUUUACUUAUUUUAUCUAGAUAAUUGCUAAAAAGAAAAUGAUUUUUUAUCUUAGAUAACCCAGAGAUAUCUAUCAACAUUAUCUAAAUAAAAUAAAAGAUACAUUUAUCUAGAUAAGUCUCAACACUAAUUAUAAGUAAGUCAAAAUAUCUUCUUAGCUCUGAAAAAUGAUUUUCAAUAAAAUAAACCCCCUUACCUAAUCUGCUCAAUAUUACCUGGUUUCUUUUUCCUUUCACUGAUUGAAUACUAGCUGUGCUGAAAGUCAUUUUCACUUAAAACAAAGUAAAACUCAAGAGAAUUGCACUAUGUGAUUAUUGAAAUCAAAAUAUGUAACUUGUUUUGUAUUAGAAGGAAUGACCCUAUCUCCAAAAAUGUUUUUAAAAUAUACCAUAAUGGCUAAGUUAAGAUUUAAAUAAGAUUUAUGUGUACAUAGUUAAAAAAAAAAUUUGUAAAAUUAUGUAUGCGAUAUCAAAUUUAUAUGUUGAAGAACUAUUGGUUUUCUUUUCUUUUUGUACAAAUAAAGUCUAAUUUACUUAUUAUGCCUCCUAGAAUAGAUUGUAAAUAUAUAUUAUUUUUUUUUUCUAAUAAAAACAAUUUCAAACAUCACUAAUUCAAUAUUCCGCACAAUGUUUAUAAUAUUUUUACUUAUGUAUAAUAAUUUAUUGACCUGCAGCGGAAUAUACAUUUCCAUAUGUCAAAAAACGUUUACGAGUAUGCGCUAGACAUGAAAUUGAACUUUGUCCUAUUCAAGUAGCUAUUGAUGAAAUGUGUCAACGUGUCCGAGAAUUAAAACAAUCAGUGUCUGCACAGCCAACAGAUAUAAAAAAAUUACAACUACAUUUACAAGUAUUUUUUUUUUUUAUUAGUUAAGACAAUAUAAUAUUUUAUUGGGAGACCAAUUUUUGUUUGUUUUUAUGGGACAUAAGUAUUUUUUAGGACUGAUGAUUUGACUAUAACCUUUAUACUUAUUUAGAACCUAAACAUAACAUUUUACUCUUAAAGAAUUUAAGGGAAUUGGAGCAAAAUUAAUUUUCUUUCAAAAAUGUAGCACUUAAUUUGCAUUAACAUAAUAAUAUGUUCAGUUGCACUUCUGAUUUAAUUUAUGCCAAAUUUAUCCCUUUUAAUUUUUUGAAAUUUAUGUUCUACUUUAAAUUUAAAAAAAAAAAAAACAUUUAAUUUUAAUGCAAAAACAAAAAAAAAAUUAUUAAUCAACUAAUUUGUUACAAUUUUUUCCAGGGUAGUGUUUGUGUUCAAGUAAAUGCAGGACCUUUAGCUUACGUUAAAGCAUUUCUAGAACCUCAAGUUAUACUUGAUAUGCCAGCAGACAAAGUUCAAGUUCUUAAAGAUACAUUUAGGUGAAUUUAUGCUUUAUUUUAUACAUACUUAUCUAAUAUAAUAAUUAACAUGGAUAUGAUAAAUUUAAACUCUGUGGUACCAACAUUUUAAAAUUAAUUGUAGAGGUGAGGUUAACCUGACCUGAAAAUAAUUAUAUUGGCAUUUUACAAACAUGGUAAUUUUUAAUCUAUUUGUAGGCUUUUGACAUUUUUGUAGUUUUUCAUUUUUAUUGGCCGAAAAUAAAUGUUUAAAAAAUUAACGUGUUCAUAAUUGGUUUUACUUUGUAUUAAAAAAAAAAAAUUCAAAUAUAGUAUUUUAUUUUUUAGAUUUCACAAACAAUCAUCUAAAAUUAAUUACAGUAUUUCAAAACAAGUUCAACUUAACUUCAUUCAUAAUUCUAUUUUGUUAAAAAUAAUUUUUGGUUAUAAUAAUAUAUAUAAUAGUUAUAAAUUAAAUAAUUAUUUCUGUUUUUUUAUUUAAAUGAAAUGCAUCUUUUAUUGUUAAAAAUCAUAGGAAAUGUUUUCAGUGGUGCACAUAAAGAGCGAGUUCAGGUUAACCCCUACCCCCACCAAAAUGCAUUCUUUGCUAUAUUUUUUUAAAUCAAGUUUUAUAUUUAGCAGCAUAAUAUCUUAAAUAUCAAAAAUAAAAUAAUGAAAUUUAAUUUCAUCAAGUCAUUUAUUCCCCAAUAAUAGUGAUAGUACUGUACAAAUAAUAUUGUGUAUCCCCUCUAUAGAAUAUUGCUGACUGUUUUAUGGGUAUUUCAUUUUAAUUUGUUGAUAUAAAUUAAAUUACAGGGAGUUUAUCAGCGCAUGUUUUGAUGCAUUGAAAUUGAAUCGAAUGGUGGUGUCAGCUGAUCAAAUCGAAUACCAAGAUGUGUUACAAGAAAACUUUGUGAAAUUAUGUCGUGAAUUGUCGGAGUGCAUUGAAAACGAUUCGUUGUGGCGAGAUUUAUUGCAAACCUGUACAUCACCUGGUAAUGAUAGCCGAACUCUGUUUACAGCCAUAAGCGGUGCGAGUCAUGAUUCAUCAAAUGCAUGAACGCCCCAUCAAAAAAAUAACAAUACACAUAUUAUUUUUUAUUUAAUUUAUGUAAAAAUUUAUGCUAAA